GACACCGUGGCCGAAACUCCUCGCCGCGGCGCGGCCGAGCGAGCCAUGGCGAGCGCCUCGCCACCAUCGCCGUCGCCGGACGCGGAGGAGGAGCCGCCCGAGUGCCCGGUGUGCCUCUCCCCCUUCGACUCCGCCUCCGCCGCGCCGCGCGUCCUCCCGUGUGGCCACUCCCUCUGCGGGCCCUGCAUCGCCUCCCUCCCGCCGGCCUCGGCCUCGGCCUCCGCCGACUCGCUCCGCUGCCCUCUCUGCUCCCAGUGCGUCCCUUUCUCCCGCGCUCUCGGGCCCUCCUCCCUCCCGAAGAACCUCGCCCUCAUCUCCCUCCUCCCCUCGCUCCCGAAGGACCCAAACCCCUCCCCUUCUUUCAUCGAUGCCGCCGCCGCUGCGCUGGCUCCCCGUCAUCUCCCGCUCCACGCCGACCACUCGCGUCUCCUCUCCCGAUUCCGCCACGCUAUCCUCCCAGAGUCUGCUUUGCCGCUCCAGUCACCGCCGCCGGGACCCACUCCCGCCGGCCUCGCCGUCGGGUCCUUCGCUUCCGACCUCGGCGCCCCGUGGUUCUGCCCCCGGGGCCACCCCGUAAGUCUCCUCCCGGUGGAAAUCCCGACCACCGGGGCGCCGAAGCAGGUGCCCCAGUUCUACCGGCCCAGCCACGCGACGCGGGUGGCCGCCGCGAUCGAUGCGCUGAGCGGCGCAGCGAGGGAUGAGGUGAUCGAUUUGGUGGCUGUCUCGGCGCGAUUGGCACGGCGGGUUUGCAGGGUUUAUGGUGUCUGGAUAGGCCCCGAGGCGGCGCCGUUGUGGCUUGUCGCCGAGCGGCACUCCCAUGGCGUCUCCCGCUUGUUGGAGGAGAGGAUCCACGGAGAGGAGACGGUGUCUCGGAUCAGAGCUGUUGGAAUGGAGGUCUGUGAAGCGUUCAUGGGAUUGCACGGCGAAGGGCUAGUGCUUGGGUGCCUAGGGCUGGGCUGCUUCUACCUCGAUCGCUUUGGGCAUUGUCUGCUCGACUUGAACCAGGCUCUGGGCCUGUGCCGGGGAAUCCAGGCAGGGUUUUUUCGCUCUUCCAAGGCCUUCGUGGCUCCUGAGGUUGCAGUGGUGAUGCAUGAUAAGUUGCAGACAAAGGAUCAUGAUUUCAGUGGCUUGGUAGGUCCUAGUUCGGAUGCUUGGUUGCUGGGCUGUCUAUUGGUGGCGCUUGUAACUGGGGAUGAGCAGCUCGCAACAGGAUGGAAUACCGAUGGAUCAUAUGAUGACUGGAAGAAUGAAGUGCUUACGAGGCUUGAUGCUUCAUUGGUUGGUACCCAUAUGGAAUCAUUGUCCGUGACCAUAGUGUCAUGUUUGAAUAAUGAUCCAGAAGCCCGUCCAGAAAUUGCUGACGUCUGGAGAUGUAUUAGCGGUUCAUCGAUGAAUUCCAACAUUGAAGCUUUGACUCCUAAUGUUGAUCUUGCAGCUCGGAAGAGUUUUAUGUGUUUGCUCCUUGGGGAGUUGUCCUCAAUGAGCACUGACGUUGGUGCUAGUGAGUCAGAAGAUAAAUUGCAGCCCUCUAAAGAUUCUGAUGACAAGCAGUCAGCUCUGGAUGAUGAAGGUAGUGGUGCUUUUGUAAACAAUGAAGCAGUUGGUGCACCAAGAAUGGAUGAGUCAAAAUGUGGUGAAUUGUACACUUCUUCAACUCUGCUGGCUCACCGUGACUGUGUAACAGGACUAGCCAUUGGAGGGGGCUUCUUGUUCAGCUCUUCUUAUGAUAAGACAAUCAAUGUAUGGUCACUGCAGGAUUUUUCUCAUAUACAGAGUUUGAAGGGCCAUGAACACAAAAUCACAGCAAUUGUUGUUGUUGACAAUGAUAGUCAGUCACUUUGUAUUAGUGGAGAUGGUGGUAGCGGAAUUUUUGUCUGGUGUGUUGAUCCCUCUCUUGCUAAUGAGCCAUUGAAUAAAUGGUAUGAAAGUGAUGAUUGGCUUUAUCGGGGUGUUCACUGUUUGGCUGUUUCUGGAACUGGUUAUCUUUAUACUGGCAGUAGAGACAAAUCUAUUAAGGCUUGGUCUCUGGAGGAUUAUUCACUCCGAUGCACAAUGACAGGUCACAAAUCAACUGUUUCUUGCCUUGCGAUUGCAUGUGGUAUUCUUUACAGUGGAAGUUGGGAUGGUUCUAUCAGAUCAUGGUGGCUCACUGAUCACAGCCCGCUGUCUGUACUGGAAGAUGGUACACCAGGAAGCAUAGCUCCUGUGUUGUCGAUUUCAACAGAAGUCAAUUUUGUUGUUGCAUCACACGAGAAUGGCUUUUUGAAGAUCUGGAAGGAUGAUGUCCUUGUAAAGUCACAGAAACUUCAGAAUGGUGCUAUUUAUGCUGCUAAAUUGAAUGGCAAGCGGAUCUAUUCUGGUGGAUGGGAUAAAGUCAUAAAUAUUCAGGAGUUAUUGGAAGAUGAGUCAGAGGUGGAAAUGAGAGAUGUUUCUACUUUUACCUGUGAUUCGAUUAUAACUUCAAUACUAUACUGGGAUGGAAAGCUGAUAGUUGGACUUUCGAACAGGGAGAUUAAGGUUUUCUACAAGGGAUGUUAACCCUCGAUUAAAUUAGGAUUAAAUAAUCAUUCGUGACUCCAUCUCCUAUUGUGAAUACUUCACUGUACAGUCGAACUGUUAAAGAAAGAUAGGACCAUGUAUUGGUGAAUGAUGAUAGACCUGUAUGGUAAAGUUGAGUGAAACCGCAAAAUAGGGUAAGAUUUUUGUAACAAGAGGUUGAUAUAAGAACAGGAUAAAUAGUAUAAUACCUUCGAAGUCA